AUGGCUGAUCCCGAAGAGACUUCCGACAAGCCAUCGCGAGAGGCACUAGAGAAGAAAUAUCAAGCCGAGGAUAACGUAGGUUACAACCUUGAGCGGUAUGGCCAAUUCACGCUGGCAAUUAUCAGUUACAAGAGAACCCUCGAGGGCAAGACGCGCGACUACGGCGAGGAUUCAACACAAGUCGCACUGACAGCCCACAAUCUCGGCGAAACGUACCUCAAAGCCAAAAGACUUGACGAGGCAAAGGAGUGUCUGGAAAAAGCCUUGAGGAUCAGAUCGGCCCAUCAUUUGUCACAAAAUUCAUCCCAAGGUACGGAAGAUGCGAUUCAAUCGGCGAGGAAGGACGCGGCAUUGUCGCGUGACACUUUGGGGCGACUCUAUGAAGAAUGCGGCGAUUUUGAGGCUGCGAAAGAUAUCCGCAGGGCAGGGCUGGACGCCGGCCAGAUUCUCUGUGGCAGCGAAAGGGUGAUGGCUGGUCCACAAUUUCAUUAUUUAGGAUUGCAUUUGCUGAUCUCUCUAUCUCAGCAGUGCCCUACAAUCGAGCUACUCGACCAGAAAAGCUACCGAACGUGUGGCGAAUGUGGGACUGUUUUCUAUUGCUGCAGGGACUGCCAAGUUGAAGACUGGAGAUUGAGACACAAACAACUUUGCCAAAGGCACAGUGCGAUGAGAAGAUUGACCGAAACAAAGGCUGCUGAGGCGAGCUCCUCCGCUGUCAGUUCCGCACCUGCACUUGAAUCUGAACCAUUGGCCGCCUCCAGCUCUUCACAGAAUCUCGCGUCGGGGAAAGAAAAGAGCAAAACCUCCACCGAGGACGACGAGGUCGCCGAGGUCGCGGAAACACUGCUAACACUCAAACUUGCGAUUGAGAGGAAGGACGAGAUGACCGACAAGAAUAUCUGUCCACUACCGAGUCAGUCUCAAUCAGAUGGACCUCCGGUUACCAGCUCUAGGCCGAGCUCGCUCGACAACAGUAUAGCGGCAUCACCUCAGCAAGAGCAUGGGACUCCGACAGCAGCCGAGCUCGCACCACAGCCGCCCCAGCAGGACAAUCAGGGCGCCAGCCAAAGCGUCAGGGUCCAAAGCGCCAAAGCCAAGCGGCGAAAACGAAGGCAAAUGAACAAGAAGUUGAGGCAGAGAGAGGAUCAGAAAAUGAAGGGCAAGGCUGAGGAAGUAGUUCAUAGAGAGGAGAGUAGAAGAUCACGGCUAUCAACUACUACCACUGUACAACCACCAGACUCUACCGAAGGAACCGGGCCUCAAAAUGAAGACCACAUCCAACCGAACGCCGACUUGAGCCGUACUAAUGAGGCACAACAAAACAGGGAGAGCAGAGGAUCUCGUGCGUCCACUGAUAGCACUCCCGUGCCGCCCGACUCCAGCAACGACACCAGCCAAAACAACACAAGCCACAACCAAGCAACCAAUUCUACAGAAGAGAGCCUACGAGCCGCUUGGGAGGCUUGCCAAGCGGCUCGUGUACGCUACGAAAAGGAGCCUGGCGGCCAGAGUCCGAUAGAGGACAUGGAUGCCGCUUGGGGUGUUUGGCAAACAGCUCGUUCACGCGCCUGGCAGGAGAAUGGAGACUUGGUGCCACCUUGGGAAACUCCUCUGAAAUGGACAUGUAGCGAAAAGUGCUGUUGCGUCGUAUGGAAGGGAGAUAGCUUGCCGCCUGGCCAUUGA